GUUUCUUCGUCUCCAUUCUGAGCGCCCUCCCUGCCGUGUGCGCUUCGUUCGUUCAUUUUAACAUUUUUUUUCUAUUAUCCACGCAAAGGUGUGUUGAUAUCUCUUCUUUGCUUUGCGUCUUGUAUCUGUAUCGUCACAGCCUUUUUUUUUAGGCCUGAAACCACCCAGCAGCAGCAGACACUUAUGGACUUGGAAAAUCAAGCCUAACAUUCUCCAGAUCCGGCCAUUACUUGUUCCCUUUUGUGUGUGAAUGGAGCAGUGUGCAAGCACAGCCUCCCUGCUGGCCUCGGUGCGGGAGCAGGAGAGACAGUUUGAGAUGCUGAGUCGGGCUCUGGAGGAGGAGCGGAGGUCAUGCGCCGGCACCCUGCCCCGCCCCCUCCCCAACAUGCAGAACGGACGCAUUCCUUGUGAUGCAGACUUAGAAAGACUGACGCUGAAAGAGGGUUACAUCAACGGAGGACAUCAUUUCAUGAUGGAUCCCGGUCAAGUGCUGCCGGAGUCAUACGCGGUGGAGGCGACCCCACAGGAGUCACCUGUGGUCUCCGUGGAGACCAGCGAUGAUGGGAUGACACGACGUGCUGAGACCACGAUGAAUAAGGUAGCCACUCGGACCACCAUCCCAUCCGUGUCUGACGCACUAUCUAUGGAUGGUGGGGGUUCAAUGACGGGCGGCUAUACUCAUCCCAUGGAGCGGAUCUACAGACAGGCCCCUGGGCCCGCGAUGCCUAUGGACUAUCCCACCCAUACUGUGCCUCGCAACUACCACUACGGACCCCCAGGUGGCUACGACGAAUACGUCCCUGGUCCCACACCAGAGGCGUACGCCAGUCUCAGCAGAGGCGCUCGCAUGGAGGAUCGCUACAGGCCAGUCCACCCAGAAGGCUACCGCACCUUAGAUCCAAACUACAGAGCUGCUAGCAGGACUCAGCUGGACCCCUAUGCUGCUCAACCACAGGUUGGGAGGAUGGGAAGCGCCAUGGAACUUUCCGGCAUCCAGCGAUUUGUCCCAGAAUCAUACGGCUUGGAGGAUGACCAGCGCAGUAUGGGCUUUGAUGAACCUGAUUAUGGCAUGGGGCAACCGCUCCACUACAGCACGGUGCCUCGAAACCAUCAUGCCUUCCCCCACGGCCCGCCACGUAGAACUGGAAGUUACGAGGGAACUCUGGAUGGCAACAUGAGCGGUCCUGGGGACAUGUACUAUUUUGGAGCAGCACCACUAGCACAGGGUGAAAGAGGAAGCAUGGCCUCUUUGGACAGUACUCUACGCAAACCUGGGGCCGGCGGAUGGCGCCAGCCUGAGCUCCCAGAGGUCAUUGCCAUGCUCAACUACAGGCUGGACCCAGUCAGGAGCAACGCAGCCGCAUACCUGCAGCACCUCACCUAUAAGAAUGACAAAGUUAAGUCAGAGGUUCGUCGUCUAAAAGGAAUCCCAGCUCUGGUCUUGAUGCUUGACAACCCAAAUAAAGAAGUCCACUACGCUGCAUGUGGCGCGUUGAAGAACAUCUCUUACGGUAAAGAUCAGGACAACAAGAUCGCUAUAAAGAAUUGCGAUGGGGUCCCGGCUCUGAUUAGGCUGCUGAGGAAAACCCACGAUCAGGAUCUCACAGACACUAUUACAGGCACACUGUGGAACCUUUCUUCUCAUGACUCUGUAAAAAUGGAGAUUGUGGACCAUGCGCUUCAUGCCCUCUCUGAUGAAGUGAUCGUGCCGCGUUCUGGCUGGGAGCGAGGGAGUAACGGCGGAGCAGGCGGAGGAGAGGAGAACUGUAAGCCUCGGCACCUGGAGUGGGAAACGGCGCUCACCAACACAGCAGGAUGUUUGAGAAAUGUGAGUUCAGAGCGAAGUGAGGCGCGGAGAAAGCUGCGAGAGUGCACAGGCUUGGUGGAUUCUCUCAUGUACAUUGUACAGUCCCAGAUAGACUGCAAAGACGUCGACAACAAGUUGAUAGAAAACAGCGUGUGUCUGCUGAGGAACCUGUCUUAUCACGUCCACCGUGAAAUCCCCGGUUGUGAGCGCUACCAGGAGGCGGCACCUAUCAACCAGGGCCCCGCCCCUUCCAGCCAGAAGGGCGGGUGUUUCAGCUCUCGCAAGAGUAAAGAUGAGUGGUUUUCCAAAGGCAGAAAAGACGAGGAUCCAGCUGCAGAUGUAAUAGAUAUCCCAAAGAGAACCACGCCUGCCAAAGGCUAUGAGUUGCUGUAUCAGCCGGAAGUAGUCCGCGUCUACACCUCUUUACUGAAAGAGUCCAAGAAUCCGACUGUGCUGGAGGCGUCAGCUGGGGCCAUUCAGAACCUGUGUGCCGGACGCUGGACUUUUGGUCGAUACAUCCGAGCACUGCUGCGUCAGGAGAAAGGACUUCCAAUGAUCACUGAGCUCCUGGCUCAUGGUAACGACCGUGUCGUGCGAGCGAUGUCUGGUGCCCUGAGGAACCUUGCGAUCGAUGCUCGGAACAGAGAUCUGCUCGGAAAACAUGCUGUUCCCCACCUGGUGUCCAACCUGCCUGGUGGAGGCCAGAGUCAGCCAGCACGUGCGCUUUCAGAGGAGACGGUGGUGUCGGUUCUAAGCACUCUCCAUGAGGUCCUGGGCUCCAGUCUAGAGGCGGCUAAGACUCUCAGGGCCUCGCAAGGAAUUGAGAGAUUAGUGCUCAUCAACAAGGACGGAAAUCGCUCAGAGAAAGAAGUCCGUGGUGCCGGCCUGGUUCUGCAAACGGUGUGGGGCUACAAGGAGCUGCGGCGCACUUUGGAGAAGGACGGCUGGAAGAAGACGGACUUUAUGGUCAACUUAAAUGCUCCGAGCAACAGUACCAGGGCCAACGGAGGAUACGAAGAAAGCACGCUUCCUCUUAUUGACAGAGGCGGCAAAAACGACAGUGAAAUGAUUCCAAUGAAUGACAUGGGACCAGAUGCCUACUCCACACUGGACCAGAGAGGGAGGAGGAUUAGUUUGGACAACACACUCGACCCUGCUGACAAAGAUGCUGCACAGGGAGGAAUGUUUGGGAAGAGGCAAGCAUCUGUGCCUGUCAUGGAUUCUUAUGAUGGUUAGGACACUCCCACUGUCACACUGCAUGUCAGCGCAUGAAAAACUAAUCGUGUGCAUCACAAGACGACAGCCGCCGCCAACCUACUGCCCUUGCUGAGCUGACAUCUGCAGGCGACGACGCCACAGUCGGGACUCCAUCCGUCACCCUUCUCUCCUCUCGUGUCUUCUCACGUUCCUUUUUUGCAGCUGAAAAGCAAAUGACUCAACAUGAACUUCAGGUGGACGUCGGUGCAACCCUCCCUUCCUUCGUCUCCAAAACCACUCAAGACUGUUUUUUUGAAGCUUCUGCACUACUUCUCUGUUUAACAACACUACGACCCGGCAGUCCUCACCAGCCCCCUUGUCCUCAACAGGAUGGGACUGGCAUCAUUGAAAAAAAAAAAUCCUUUCCAUCAAGACUGAUUCACAAGAACUCUUAAAAUCAGACUGACAUUUUUAGAAACACUGACUUCUGAUUAAAAAGAAAUGGCAUUUUCUGAUCAUAUUCACCACCAGGCAGAUACAUGUACGCUUUUGUUAAAAUGGUGGUUGUUCCUGUUGUUGCCUUGCGCUGUACUAAGAUAUUACUUGUGCCAAAAAAGUGAUGCUUCUGCUGCUGCAACAGCUUUUUUACGACAAUUAAUCUGAACAAACAACAAUUUGCGCUAUGCUCAUUCCAUUGUUCACUGGUUUGAAAAUGCUCUUUGAACUUUACGAAUCUAUUUUCUCCAUGUAUCUUUUAGGGGUCUACACAUUCACUCGGUGCAUUUCCGUUGAUACAGUACUUUGAGGUUGGCAAUCUCAUGAAUGUGAUGCAUAACAAUGCUGUUGCUGCAAGCCUGACUGGAGUGCCUCGUUUUGUCUAAUAUCUUUACAUGAUCAUUAAGAACACUAAUACCAGACAAAUACUGGAACCGUAGACCACUAGAAAAAUUCAAAGGUUCUCUUAAAUCAAGACAGAUAUCUCAGAUUUCUAUUGCACAUUGCAUGGGAGGCGACCCGGUUUUCUGUCUUAAUACAAGUCUGUAGAAAACUGUAUGGUGCCCCAUGAGAUGUAGAUACUUAAUGAGAGCGCUACAUCAUUUUUUUUUUUUGAUACUUGUUUCCAUUGAAAAAACAUGAUGGAUGUGUUUUACAAGUUGCCUUCAUGAGUGGAGUUGAGGCGAGGAGCGGUGGUUUUGAUUGUGUGGAGGCGGAGGUCAGGUUUUUCCUAGUAAAGCAGAUGAAAUAAAGCAUUUAAACUAUAUACCAGAGAUUAUUUGUUAAUUUUAAUGGUUGUAUGUAUUUUGUUUUAUAUUGAUUUUCGGGUUUAAUUGUAUUGGGUGCUCUGGGUGAACGCAUAUGCAAUCAGUCUUUCUCGGAUAGAAACAUGAAAAAUCUCGACUCAUUCGACCGGCUAUUGGCAACACUAAUGGAUGAACCUUUAUCUCUUCGCCUUGCCUCUUUAAAUUGCACAUUCUCAUCUAUGAAUGAAUUAUGUAACUAGCAAUACUGUUUUUAAUAAAUGAAAAUGGAAAAUGAUUUCUCA